GCUCUUAGAAGAUGACGGAUAACAACGACAAGGAGGGUGAAAGUUCUCCAUUCGACCGAUCCUCGCCCAGGCAAUGGCCUUUGUCGGCUCGGCAGCUUCCGGCCCACACGGACUCCUUCGUUCAGGAGCACAUGAUGCUCAAUCGUUCCGACGAGCAAAUGCGCCUCAUCCGCACUCAGAACCGAAAGUCCCUCAAGAAUUGGAAAGUGGAAUCGUCCAAUUUGACUCUAACAUCUCCCAAUCGAUCGUACUCCCUGACCCCCCGGUCGGGUAGUGCGACGUCGCUGAUUUUCAAGAAUCAGGGCAGUGAAAUCGGCAGCCCAAGGAGGCAGUCCUCGCCCAGAGUCUCGCAUCAGUACUCGAACCAAUCGCCCAAGCGUAAAGGGAGUAUGUUCGGGCAAAAUGUCCUGUCCUCGACUAGCAUAUCUGGAGACCAUGGUACUCCCAUGCAAGGCGGGUGCGGCUCACCGGUGGAUAGGAACUCAGCAUCCAACGGUGCCAGCCAAACUUCCUUCUCCGAAAGAAACUUCCAAUUGCAUGCCCACAGCCAGAGUGUGCAGGACACGUCGAGUUCUAACUUGAUGGCGAAGGUAUCGGAGAGAGGCUCAGGGGGAUUAUGUUACAACAACACUCUACCCAGUGGACCCCAUAACCCUGAGAUCGGGCCUUUGAGUAACUCGUCGAGCCUGAGUGGGUUGUUUGGCGCAAGCGGCGUUACGAUGAAAAGCAAGUUCAAGAAAAAGUCCAUCAAGAUCUUCACGGCUAUGACGAAGAGUACACCAAAAGCCAAGCCUCCUGGCGACAAGGCGUUCACAUUUGAUGCCCCCGCCAAUGCCAACCGUCGCACCUCGGUCGACCAAUUGCACAAACCAAGCGAAACCAAUAACUCCAUCGCACUUCCUUUAAGCAACGCCAGGCGCAGCAGUGAGAUAGACAUCAAACCGUCGUCCCACAUGACACUCAGCGAGGUCCUACCAUCGGCAUCCGUCACCAAACUGCAAGAAGUCAUGGACACCAUCGCACCCUUCAACCAGGUGCCCAAGUCCCGAACCCUGACCACCACACACACGCAGACAUCCUCUACCACCCGUUACUCACUGUCGUCCGACCCAUCGCGCAGUCUGUCUCGUGCGCACUCCGUCUCGGGCCAGGAACCCCCGCCGCAGUCUGUCAAGCUGGACCGACUGAACUCGACGACGAUUGUCGAAUCGGAGUUCAGCACCACGGGCAAUGAAAUAACCGAUGCGAACGCCUCAACUGUGAGCCUGUGUUCGACCUCUAAUCGGAUCCAGAGCCCCACAAUGGUCAGUGGGAAAGCACGUGCGACCGCAGCCAAGAAGGGGUUGAAUAUACCGGCCGAUGGUGUCGAUGCGAAGUCCACACCAGAACUCUCGAGCGCGUCGGCUAACAGCCCCGGUACCGAAAGUAAGAAUGGGAAACAGAAAGCCGGCUCACGCAAAUCCUCAUCGAAAAAACAAGUGGUUGUACGCCCACGCAAUAGACAGGCGCUCAGUGCCAAAUCGAGCCAAGGAGCACUGCAGAGACAAACCAGCGAUAGCAGUACCAAAAGCUUAAACGCCAAUGCCAAUGCCAAUACCAACACCAAUGACACCAAUGCCAAUGCCAAUGCCAAUGCCAAUGUCAAGCAGCAACGGGUGGUGGUGGCUGUGGGCGGAGGUGUGCGUGCCGUCACACCCAACCCAGGCGAGAAGGGGACGUCCACGGCAGCUGGGGGGAUGGUCAGCACAUCGGAGGAUGCGUUAGAUACCAAAAUGAACCAGACCGCUUCACCAACACUGGGCAUACCGGCGCGGGGAAGGACGGGCAGCAUGAGUGCACGCUCGAACCCCCCGGACGCAGAUUACAUCGUAGCGGAGUUGGACAAGGGAGCACGUUACUUCGAAGUCGAGCAGAAGCCCCGCCGGGUAAACCCUUCGAUAAAACAGGAACCCACGGUGAUCACGGUGUUGCCUAGCAACGGCCCACCCGUGAGUCUGACCCAGGCCACCUUGGGCAUUGCCGAUGCGAGUACAGGCGGCGGGGACAAGGUUUUGGCCACUCGCGCCCUGUCGGCCACUUCUCUGCGCGAUGUGAGUGAGGCUGACGAGCACGAUGGUGAUGCUCCCAGCACACUUGGAGGGGCUGGGGUGCCCCAAUUUGACCGGACACGGAGUGUGCAGGAACGUACGAUUCCGCACCAGCAGAGUCGAGACAGUCCCACAGUGUCCUUCCGACAGCGCAAGCCCGACAUUGCUAACGUAUCCAGCAAUGCCACGUCGAAAGCAUUUACCAGCGAACCUAAAAGAACUACCAGCGAAACGAAAAGAACUACCAGCGAACCCUCGUCCGCUAAGGCGGCUGGGCAGGGAACCGGAGUGUCUACCAAGGAAGCAGGCAGGCUGUCCACCCCCCAGAGUGCUAGGGCACAGACGCUCACGUCUCCGAGAAAAAGGGUAACCGACGAGACGACCUUCAGCGGUGUGCGCAGAGGAUCGAAGAUCACCCCACGCACCAACACGCUGACGGCGUCGCAGCGGAGCGAGAUCAUUCCAUGGGAUAACCUCAUGCCACCCACGCCCAGCGCCAGCACAACCAGUACUACUGAUGCGAGUGGGGGCAGAGACGCCAACAGCCAGUCCACCUCGAAUCUCUCGGCCAAUACGCUCUCGGUGAAUGGGGCGGGCGGUUUGACGAGACAGACCAGCAGAUCCAGUACCGGCAACUUUGGGCACCCGUCUGCCCAGGCAGCGGGGUUGACUAAGCAGAAGAGCUCCACGAGUGUCUUGGCCAAAGGCACGCGCAUGGCCCGGCAGAUCACCCCGGGGACAAGCUUUUUCAACACCACCAACGGGACUAGCAGUAGCCACACGAGCACGUCAGCGUUGCAGCAGCAGUGGCAUAACAGUCCCUUUAACCUCAACUGGCCCUGGUUCCACCCGAGCAUGGAGCACUACAUGGCGUAUCUCAAACGCCGCGACGAGGCGCUGCGGGCGGAUAGUGCGGCGAAUGGCGCAGCCACCGAACCCAACGACUCGAGUGCAGACAACGAGAGCAUGCACGACAUAUCGUCGCCCCAGCGACAGCGCACGCCGGCGGCCUUCAAGCGCGCAGUCGGGCUCAGCAAGUCAAUGGUGUCGUCUUCUUCGCGCGAGUUGUCGCCUUUGCCUUCGCGCAAGCCAACCCCCACCUCUCCAUCGCAGGGCGUGUCAAAGACACUGGCGCAGGCCAGCUCACUGCUGGGCGGUGUCAGCUCAGCAAACGCCCUCACGAACGUCAAGGUGGGGAUGAGACACAGCUUCCAGUUGUCCGAUAGGGCAAACGCGUCGCUCAACGUUGUGCCAAAUGCCGAUUCAGGCUCGUCGCGGGUGAGUCUGAACUCGAUCAUUGAUCCCGGGCCUGGGCCGGCGGCUGGCAACGGCAGCGGCAGUGGGUCAGUCAGUGGUACGGCCGAGCGUACAGGACCGGCAGUGUCGCUGGUGAAGGCGUCGAUGGAUGAGGUCACCCCGUGGGAGAACCAGGAACCACUCAGUAAGACUGGCAGCUCCGGCCAUCUGCUCGGGGUAUCG